AUGUCAAUCCAGGGCUUCAUUGUCGCCGCGGGCUUUCUGCUUGGUCGGGUCGCAGCCAUCACCCCCGCGGCCAGCUCGCCUGUGGCCAGCAGUCAGGCCUAUGUGCCUUCGGUGUCCUGCCGCACGCAGCUGGGAACUAAGUCAUUGGCACUUGUUCCUACCACUACCAUUACGCGCACCAUCCAUGACCCGACACCGGUUGUUGUCUUUUCGACGACACAAGACACCGUCAUUGUGACCCCUGACGCCUCGACUGUGACCGUCACCGACUAUGAGACGGCUACGACCAUUUCCACAGCUGACACGGUCACUGAUACUUUCUCGACAACCUCAACUGAAUAUGACACUGCAACGGUGACUAUCACUCCUGCUGCUGUCACUGCCAUUAUAUCUGUCACCAUCUCCACCACGAGCGCGAGCACGUCCACAAUUGCCAGCUCUUCGGGUUUUUCUCCCAUUGUGGAAACACUGCCUACAGCUACUGCUGCCAAGCGGUCCUUGAUCGAGCAGGACGAUUGUUCCUCCUGGCUGGACGACUAUCAAUAUUCUCAAGAGGUCGAGUGCCACCAGAAGAUUAUUGUCAAGACCACCACCGUCUCCACAGUGACCCAAUCUCCCGCGACUACUACCGCAGUCACGCCUACAUCCACCGUGACUAUGACAAUCACUAUCACCAGUACUUCAGUCGUGAUCCCUUCCGAUGUCUCAACCACGCUGAGCUACAGUACCACGUCCACCAUCACUGAAACCACAUCCGCGGCUGCCGAAACAACCACCGUGACGUCGACUACCAGCGCUGUGGCCGCCGUGGCUACCACCACCUUCUACGAGGCGUGCGGGUCUAGCAAUAUUGCUGGCGACCCUCUCUCCUCUGAAUUUGGCUCUUUUGCGGGCCAAUACAUGUACCUGAUCGCCUUCACCAACGUUCCCGGUGAAAGCUUGACUGUUGGCGACACCAGCUCUGCAUAUGAUUGCUGUGUCAGCUGCAUGGAGAGCUCCACCUGCGCCAUGUCCUACUACAACGCGGUUUCUUCCUCCAUCAGAUACUGCUAUCUAAUCCACACAACAACCUGCUCACAGUCUUCUGUUUACGCCAAGGCGUCUAUUCAUGACACUUCGGCUACCAUCCAGAUGUCCAACGGAAAUUGUGGUCGUGUUGUGGGCAUACAGGGGUAA